AUGUUCCCCGCUGCAUCCUUGUUGACAAUCAUCUUCCUGGCUUUGUCAAUCGCGGGAUCGCCCGUUGAAAUCGACAAUUCCCCCGUCACCCUCCCCAUUGCCAGGAGGUUAAACGUCUCCAAUGGUCCCAUUAACCUCUUGCAACAGGAUAAAGCUCGUGUGACUGCCCUCAAGGACAACUCUUUCAGCACGCAGGGCGGCCAUACUGGUAGCACUCCUGUGACCGACGUUGUUCUAACAUACCUCAUAGCAGUUGGCAUCGGCAGCCCCGCCACAACCUACAACUUGAUUGUCGACACUGGCAGCUCGAACACAUGGGUUGGUGCCAACACCAAAUACGUGAAGACCAAGACCAGCGUCGACACCCGCGAGCCUGUAUCCGUCGGCUACGGUUCUGGCUCCUUCUCUGGAACGGAGUACAUCGACACCGUCACUCUCGGUAGUGGGCUGACCAUCACCGCGCAGUCGAUCGGUGUUGCUUCUACUUCGGCGGGCUUCACCAGUGUUGACGGUAUCCUUGGCAUCGGGCCUGUAGGCUUGACAAGCGAUACUCUGACAAAUGAACCGACCAAGACGAUCCCGACUGUCACUGACAAUCUGUAUAGCCAAGGCACCAUUUCUCAAAAGGUGAUUGGUAUCUCUUUCGAGCCCACCAUUUCAAAGACAGUCACCAAUGGAGAGCUCACCUUCGGUGGAACUGAUGCUACCAAGUACACCGGCUCCAUCGAAUACACUCCUAUCACUACCACCUACCCUUCAUCGAACUAUUGGGGUAUCAACCAGAGCAUCUCUUACGGCUCCACGACGAUCUUGUCCUCCACGGCUGGAAUCGUCGAUACUGGAACCACCUUUGUUUACAUUGCCAGCGAUGCCUACGCCAAGUACAAGUCUGCAACCGGUGGUACUCUGGAUGCGGCGACUGGUCUUCUCCUCAUUUCCUCUUCCCAGUACAAAGCCCUGAAGAACCUGAACUUCCAUAUUGGCAGCAAAACCUACGCUCUGACGCCUAACGCCCAAAUUUGGCCUCGUUCUCUCAACUCUUACGUUGGUGGUAGUAGCAACGCCAUAUAUCUCAUGGUUAGUGACAUUGGUACGCCCAGUGGCGCAGGGUUUGACUUUGUCAACGGCUACACAUUCCUCGAGCGCUUCUACUCUGUGUUCGAUACCGCCAACUCCCGCGUUGGUUUUGCUGAAACCUCGUACACUGAUGCCACCACCAACUAA